AGCACACAUGUUCUGGUUAUGUGGGCGCCCCUGGACCUCUCUGUAGUAGGGUCCAGCCUUUUCAUUUCAGUGUCACUUACAUUCGCAGCUGUUGUCUUCUUCUUUACUUUCUAUUCCUUCUCUGAGGAAAAAGAGGAUCAAACAGCUCGAAGAAUGGCGCAAACACCUGUAAAACACGAGCAUGCUGACACAAUGGGGAUUGGGAAGGCCAUUGCCGUCUUGACAUCCGGAGGAGAUGCCCAGGGUAUGAAUGCUGCUGUCCGGGCUGUGGUUCGAGUGGGGAUAUACACCGGAGCCAAAGUGUUCUUCGUUCAUGAGGGCUACCAAGGGCUUGUGGAUGGUGGUGACAAUAUUAAGGAAGCAACAUGGGAAAGUGUGUCCAUGAUGCUGCAGCUGGGUGGCACAGUGAUUGGAAGUGCCCGGUGCCAAGACUUCCGCACACGUGAAGGACGCGUGAAAGCUGCUCGCAACCUGGUCAAGAGAGGAAUUACAAACUUGUGUGUGAUUGGAGGUGAUGGCAGCUUGACCGGAGCAGACACCUUCCGAGCUGAGUGGACCAGUUUGCUGCAGGAGCUGGUUAAGACAGGUGGCAUCACAGCAGAGGAAGCCCAGAAGUCUAAUUACCUGAACAUUGUCGGUAUGGUCGGCUCUAUUGAUAAUGACUUUUGUGGUACUGACAUGACCAUCGGCACAGAUUCUGCUCUCCACAGAAUAAUGGAGAUAGUGGAUGCCAUCACCACCACUGCCCAAAGCCAUCAGAGGACAUUUGUGCUGGAAGUAAUGGGUCGUCACUGUGGUUACCUAGCUCUUGUAACUGCCUUGGCAAGUGGCGCAGACUGGGUUUUCAUUCCAGAAUCUCCACCAGAAGACAACUGGGAGGAUCACUUGUGCAGGAGAUUAACUGAGACAAGAACCCGAGGCUCAAGACUGAACAUCAUCAUUGUGGCUGAAGGAGCCAUUGACAAGCACGGCAAGCCCAUCACUUCAGAAGACAUUAAAACUCUGGUUGUGAAACGCCUGGGCUUUGACACAAGAGUCACCAUUCUAGGACAUGUGCAGCGUGGUGGGACCCCUUCUGCCUUUGAUCGUAUUCUGGGAAGCAGGAUGGGUGUGGAAGCAGUCAUGGCAUUACUGGAGGGAACUCCUGACACUCCCGCGUGUGUGGUCAGCCUGUCUGGCAACCAAGCCAUCCGCCUUCCUCUCAUGGAGUGUGUCCAAGUGACAAAAGACGUCACAACAGCUAUGCAUGCGGGUCGGUUUGAUGAAGCUCUUAAACUCAGAGGAAGGAGUUUCCAGAAUAACUGGAACGUUUACAAGAUUUUGGCCCAUAUACGCCCACCCUCUGCAAAGAGUGGCUACAACUUGGCAGUGAUGAAUGUGGGUGCACCAGCGGCCGGCAUGAAUGCAGCUGUGAGAUCUACGGUCAGAAUUGGACUAAUCCAUGGCCAUAAGAUGCUGGCUGUGCAUGAUGGGUUUGAAGGCCUUGCUGAAGGAAAGGUUGAAGAGAUUGGAUGGGGAGGAGUUGGUGGCUGGACUGGGAGAGGAGGAUCGAGUCUUGGAACCAAGAGGACUCUGCCAAAGAAAUACUUUGAGGAAAUCAGCAACACCAUUACCAAUUUUAACAUUCAUGGGCUGAUCAUCAUUGGUGGCUUUGAGGCUUUCACUGGCAGCCUGGAGUUGGUUGAUGGCCGAUCCAAAUUUGAAGAGCUCUGUAUCCCACUAUGUGUGAUUCCUGCCACUGUCUCCAACAACGUUCCUGGCUCGGACUUCAGCAUUGGUGCAGACACUGCUCUCAACACCAUCACAGCAACUUGCGAUCGUAUCAAGCAGUCUGCGGCUGGCACCAAGAGGAGGGUCUUCAUCAUUGAGACGAUGGGAGGCUACUGUGGCUACCUGGCGACCAUGGCAGGCUUGGCUGCUGGUGCUGAUGCGGCCUAUAUUUAUGAAGAUCCGUUCACCAUCCACGACUUGGAGAUGAAUGUGGAGCAUCUGACUGAGAAAAUGAAGACCACAGUGAAGAGAGGUCUAAUACUGAGGAAUGAGAAAUGUAAUGAAAACUAUACCACUGACUUCAUAUACAACUUGUAUUCUGAGGAAGGGAAAGGCAUCUUUGACACCAGAAAGAAUGUUUUGGGUCACAUGCAGCAGGGUGGUUCACCAACUCCGUUUGACAGGAACUUUGGAACGAAAAUGGGUGCCAAAGCAGUGGCAUGGAUGUCCGGCAAGAUUAAAGAGUGUUCCAGACAUGGUCGCAUCUUUGCCAACACUGCUGACUCGGCUUGUCUCCUGGGCAUGCGCAGACGGGCCCUGGUCUUCCAGCCUCUCUCCGAACUCAAACAACAGACCGAUUUCGAGCACCGUCUCCCCAAAGCACAGUGGUGGCUGAAGCUGCGUCCCAUCUUGAAGAUCCUUGCCAAGUACAAGAUUGAACUGGACACUUCAGAGACAGCCCAUUUAGAGCACAUCACUCGCAAGAGAGUAUCUGGCGAAGAGUCUAUCUGAACAUGCCAGCUACAAAUCUCCCUUGAAUUAUGCUUUUAGGAGACCUCCAAAAUAAAUUCUAAAUUUUCAGUUCCUACCCCUACUUAUCAUGCAGCUGUUCAUCUAGUGUUCAUAUAACAUGGGGGCUGCACAUCUGCCAGAAAUGGACAAUACAUCGUGCCAUACCUUGGUACAUGGAAAUAUACUGUAUUUGCGGGUUAAGAACAACUAUGUAUGGCUAUACUUGCAUUCUGCUUCUCCUCCUAGAAAGCUCAGAGCAGCUUCUAUGGAGCUCCCAGUGAUCUCCCUUCUAGGUGUUGGGUAGGCCCACUCUGCCUUUAACUUUACCCAUCUAAAGGAUUUAGGCACACUAGGCUCUGCAGGGUUGUCUGGGGUGGCAGGAGGGGUGCUGCUCAAGCAGAUACUAUAUGCUUAUUUCAAUCAUACUUCAGUUUUAACGUUAACAUUUUUACUGGAUUGUAUAACCUUCAUGUUAGGAUCUCCUCCAUUUGAACAUAAAAUGACAACUACCCCAGAAGAUGCUCUUAACAUUUGUGCCUUCAGAAUACAGAUGUUUCCAAGUGCUUGAAAUAAAACAGGAACUAAUUUACCAGAGA